AGGUGGGCGUGGCCGCAUUAUGCUUAUACAUACUGCCAUACAGUUGACCUGAUUUAUAUAUUCUGUUCCUGGAUAUUGUAGAAGCUUGGUUUGUUUUGGUUGGUUGGUUGGUUGGUUGGUUGGUUGGUUGGUUGGUUGGUGGCUUGCUUGCUUGAUUCAUUUAAAGAAGGUGUGGACUAUUAUCUUCCAAAUUCUAAUACUUCAGUUUAGUUACAGUUUUCAUGCAACACAAAAUUGUCUAGUUAAAACAGAUCUUAAGUGGACUGGUACACAACAUUUGAAACAGAUUUUUUUUUCAUGUUGCCAUUUACUGAAAUAACAUAAAAACCCUCAUUGCUUUCACUCUGCACAUUGUGGUAGCCUUAAGGAAACUGAGGAUAAUUUUAGGCACAUAAGAAAUGCACCUUUACUUUGGCUAUAAUUUGUGAAUUACUGUCCUUAAAAAUUAGUAUAAUGCAUGUUCAUUGUUGCAGUAUGUUUAAAUUAAACAUAUCAAUUUUUAUAAUUUAUCACAUAUCAGCUAAUACUUAGUUGUAGUUGUGUGUCAGAGAGAGACUGUUUGUGUGUGUAUUCACUAGAUAAAUUUCAGUAUAUUCUUUAAGUGGCUAUCUUACCCACAAAAUAUAAACAUAGAAAAUACAUAUAUGUACAUAUAUGUGGAUAUGCAUAUGAUAUUAGUUCCCUGAGUAUUGGAGAAAGAAGUGUAAUAGAAAUAUUACUAGCACUUUUUUGGGGUGGGGUCCUAAAAAAUGCAUUAUGAUGUACAUAAUAAGUAGUUCCAUGAGUUAUGGUUCUACCAGUUGCCAAGCAACAAAGGCUCUUUGGUUUGUUUUUUUUUUUAUUCUGCCCUCUUUCUGUACUUUCCUAUCACUCCUUCACCAGAAAAAAAAAAUACCUUAAGAUAAAAAAAUUACUAACAUUUAGAAAAUUGAAUUAAUAAUUUUAAGCUAGAUCUUCCAUUACUGGAAAUAUGGGUUCUUAAUAGUUAAAGAGAAAAGAAUUAUCAAAAGAAUUUAAUUCACAAUCCUCAAAAAUGAUGAGAAAUUCCAUGGAUAUGGAGGUUAAGAACCAACCCGGAAAGAUUAGUGUCUCUAAAAGGUUCAUCUUCUCAGGAGCAGCUAUUGAGUAUCCAGAUUACCCACAUUACCAUGAUCUCUUACGGAAAAUGAACAUGCCCUUUGUGAAAGGACUUGAAGACAGACAUGACUAUGGCAGAUUUGAAAAGAAAUGCAACCCUGCGUUUUUAAAGUUCCAUCCUUAUCCCCCUUCAGUCCUGCCAGACUGUCAUGUGCACUACCCUUAUCCCCCACCAUAUGGACAGGCAUAUCCAUUGUUUCCACUUCGUGAUGAUGUGCCCUUAGGUGAUCCCUGCUCAGGAUUCCUGAGUGCUGGUGCUGAUGCUGAUUUAAAGCCUGGCAUUGGCAGAGCCAUACCAAACCUGGUGAGUUUCGGUGAUGUGAAACCUCAAAAUCGAGUUCCUAGGCCAGACAAAGGAUUUCAAACAACAAUAAAAAGGCAAACAAUACUAUCAGAAGAGCUACAACAGAGCAGGAAAUGGAAUUCCAGGAAAGUAUCAGACAUUUCCAUCAGGGCAAAACUUGGAGGUUGGACAAGCCCACUGAAAGUUACUCCUUUACCAGCUCAUGAGAACAAAAGAAGCUCAUUAGGUCUCAUACUUUCCUUUGAUGAGAAGACAACAAGUACAGAUAACAGUGAACCACUUGUCCAGCCAGACAAGAAAUAUAAUAUAAAGGAUGCAUUUUACAAAUCCUCAACACAGAAAGCGUUUGAAACUGUUCCUUGGGACAAAAUGAUACCACCAAAACUUGAUCCAGAGGAAACAACAGUGGAAAGGGCUGCUGACCUCAUCUCACAGUGUUUCACCCUGAAAAGAUAUGAAAGAGUGCCCGCCAUAACCCAGAUGGUCGGAGGACUCUGGGACAGAUUUCAGACGAGAUUGUUCUCAGCGCCAGUCAAACCAAUCAAUUUUGUGAGUCCAAGUUCUAGGAGUAAAUACAUCCCUCUCUAUACUGGUCAUGUGCAGAGUACAAAUGCUGACGAUGUGGACAACCCCUACGGAGAUAUCACAUCGGUGGCCAAACCUCGGCACUCUAAACUGCUCUAUACAAACACAAGUCGUGCGGCGAAUAUUCCAGGAUACACCGGCAAGGUUCAUUUCACAGCCACCCACCCAACAAAUUCUAAUAUUCCAUCAACAACCCCAUCACCAGAUUCAGAGAUGAGUCGCAUUUUACGACAACAAAUGGAAAUUGACUGCUUCCGUCACCAGGCCCCAAUGUCUCGAAUGGUCACAACUGUGAAGCCUUACAACCCCUUCAGGAUUGGGAAAAAAACCCUUGAGUACUGAAGGAGACCACACCCCUGAGAGACUUCUGAGCCCCAGCUGGGGGGCGGGGGAGGCUUUGUGCACAGUGAUGGAGAAACAAAAGAAUACAGAAUGGUCUAACUA